UUUACUCCUGUAAACUUCAAUUAAAAAUGUACAUUUUCCAAAGAGGAAAAAAUAACAUGGGUUUGGGAAAUGCAGGAGCCCUUUUGAUUCUUGUAGCCAUAUCCCUGUUUGGCAUUGGAAUGGCCAACAAGAAUUUCAGUGCAGGUUGGAAUGGAAACUGGAAUCACACUGCAGGCUGGCCUUAUGGACACUUGAAUGCGAAUCAAACUUCGAACAGAAUAAUUGUUGGCGGUUCUGAGAAUUGGCAUUUUGGGUUUAAUUAUACUGAUUGGGCUAUCAGAAAUGGCCCCUUUUACUUGAAUGACACACUUGUAUUCAAGUUUGAUCCCCCAAACGACACGACAUUUCCUCACAGUGUUUACCUGCUUCCAAAUUUAUGGAGUUUCCAAAACUGUGAUUUGAGAAGAGCAAAGAAGAUCGCACAAGCGACACAAGGAGGAGGAGAAGGUUUUGAGUUUGUGCUUAAGACAUGGCAGCCCUAUUAUUUUGCCUGUGGCGAACGCAACGGAUUUCAUUGCAAAACUGGGAUGAUGAAAUUUGUCGUUUGGCCACUCUUCCGUUGGUAUUAACGGCCAAAAAACUGCUUCGUACAAUUACACGCGCGCGCGCGCUCUUCGAGCUAUAAUUGUGUUGCUCAAUAUAUAUUUUCUUUUCCGAGGACUGGUUUGAAUAAUGUUUUGAACAAAUAAAGGUAGAUGUCUGUCUUAAUUAGAGCAUUAAUUUCAUGUAUUGGAGAUUUGUGUUUUGUUUCCCUUUAAAGUUCGAUCUUUUCUUCUAUGAAACAAGUUAUUUAGAGCAUAAAUGUUA